UAGCUGAAAUGAUCCUUACUACACUUUCUCCUAGGCAUUUGUCUUACAGUUAAUUUCAUUUCCACAACAAACCCAUUAUUUAAUCGAGUUAGACAUAACUACAAACGGAAACACAGAGCAAUGGACUGAAACACGACAGAUUAGCUUGAGCGAAUCCGCUGUUAGGGACAUUUAACGUACGUUAAUCUGUCAUGGUUGGUAGUUAGCACGUACGCUAUCAGGGUAUAGCUCGUUAGCGCAGCAAAUAUCGCUUUAUUUUGAAGUGUGUUUCAGGAUAAUUCAGCGAUAGCGAGUUCAGCUACAAUGUGAAAACUCGCACACGAAGGACUGCGAUCUUCACAGCAGCCCGCAUACGAGCUCACGACAGUUGUGUCGAAGUUGGAAAUACGGAAAUAACAGCCAUUUAUGGCCCACAUUAAUAUCAAUUAACUGCAAGUUCGUGUGUUGAAUAUUUCGUCUGUCGUCGCCUUGUUUUGAAAGUGUAUGGCUGUUGCGCGCGCGCCUAUCAAAAGUGGGGAUAAUAUUUAGGUCGUGCGCGAAGAUUAGUGUUCACAGCAGGAUGUCAAAGGGAUUUGUGAGCUGAAAUAAUAACAAAAACAAAAACAUGUCAUUCUCAUUGUCAUAAAGCAAAGUUUCGCUUCGUUACAGAAGCCCGACGUUUUCUGUGGGUAAUAUAGAUGUUUGUGGGUUACAAGAGCAGGCUGUCAAAAUCUCUAUUCUGAUCAAAUACUCUAGAAAUCAGACACAUCAUGUCAGGGGACAGUAGUGGUAGUAGUGGCGAGGACUCCGACCGAGAAACCCGCCGCAAAGUUUGCACCGUAAAACACGAGAUCACUAAUGCAAACCUCACAGGAUACACUGAGAAAGUUGGCAUGGAGAACUUUGAACUUCUCAAAGUGCUUGGCACAGGAGCUUACGGGAAAGUGUUUUUGGUCCGAAAAAUCAGUGGCCAUGAUAAAGAACUCUACGCCAUGAAGGUGCUAAAGAAAGCAGCCAUCGUUCAGAAGGCAAAGACUGCGGAGCACACCAGAACUGAGCGACAGGUAUUGGAGCACAUCCGCCAGUCACCCUUCCUGGUCACCCUCCAUUACGCCUUUCAGACGCAAACCAAACUGCAUCUCAUACUAGACUAUGUAAGCGGUGGAGAGGUGUUCACACACCUGUAUCAGAGAGAUCUCUCAGAGGACGAGGUGAGGAUCUAUGUGGGGGAGAUUAUUCUGGCUCUGGAGCAUCUGCACAAGCUUGGCAUUGUGUACCGAGACAUUAAGCUGGAGAACAUUUUAUUGGACAGUGAUGGCCAUGUGGUUUUGACAGACUUUGGCCUGAAAGAGUUUCUGGAGGAGGAGAAAGAGAGGACUUAUUCAUUCUGUGGCACUAUAGAGUACAUGGCACCUGAGAUUAUCAGAGGGAAGUCUGGCCAUGGCAAGGCAGUGGACUGGUGGACUGGCAUCCUGAUGUUUGAGCUGUUGACAGGAGCAUCUCCGUUCACUCUGGAGGGAGAGAGAAAUUCCCAGAGCGAGGUGUCCAAACGCAUCCUUCGCUGUGAGCCUCCGUUUCCCUCCAUCAUCGGACCCUUGGCUCAAGAUCUCCUGCGGAAGUUGAUCGUGAAAGACCCUCAUAAAAGACUGGGCUCCGGUCCUCGAGGAGCUGAGGAGAUCAAGGGUCAUCCUUUCUUUAAGGGUUUAAAUUGGUCAGACUUGGCAGAGAAAAAAGUCCAGAGUCCCUUUCGCCCUGAACUGCGGGAUGAGCUGGAUGUGGGAAACUUUGCAGAGGAGUUUACAGGAAUGGAGCCGGUUUAUUCCCCUGCCAGCACACCGCCUAGUACAGACCGUCUGUUUCAGGGCUACUCUUUCGUAGCUCCUUCUAUCUUGUUCAAUAAGAAUGUGGUGAUGGCGGAUGUUUUGGAUGCUCAUGUUAACGUUGACCGGCCUGGUUCUGCUACAGUCCAGCGCAGUGCAAUGCUGAAGGAGUCUCAGUUUUUCCAGCACUAUGAGCUGUGUCUGCAGGGGUCUCCACUGGGCGAGGGCAGUUUCUCAGUCUGCAGGAAGUGCAGACACAAGCAGAGUGGUCAGGAAUACGCUGUGAAAAUCGUUAGCCGGAGGAUGGAGGCCAUGACUCAGAGAGAGAUCGCAGCUCUACGCCAGUGUGAAUCUCACCCGAACAUUGUCACACUCCAUGAGGUCUAUACUGAUCAGUACCAUACGUAUCUGGUAAUGGAGAUGUUGCGUGGUGGAGAGCUGUUGGAGCGAAUCAGGAAAAGGAAGAUGUUUGCUGAAUGGGAGGCCAGUCAGCUGAUGAAGAGCCUGGUGUCUGCGGUCAGCUAUAUGCAUGAGGCUGGAGUUGUGCACCGAGACCUCAAACCGGAGAACGUGCUGUUCGCCGAUGAGUCGGAUGAGUCUGUGUUGAAGGUGAUUGACUUUGGCUUUGCACGGUUGUUUCCGGCGGGGAGCGGGAGUGCCCCUCUGCAGACCCCCUGCUUUACGCUGCAGUACGCAGCGCCUGAGCUCUUUCACAGCUCGGGAUAUGACCAGGCGUGUGACCUCUGGAGCCUUGGGGUCAUAUUGUACACCAUGCUCUCUGGCCAAGUUCCAUUCCAGAGUGAGAAAAAAGUAAUGACAUCGUCGCACGCUGCUGACAUCAUGCACAAGAUCAAAGAGGGCGAUUUCUCAUUGGAUGGAGAAGCCUGGAAGGGCGUGUCCGAAGAGGCCAAAGAUCUAGUGAGAGGUUUGCUAACCGUGGAUCCAGAGCGGCGGCUGAAGCUCUCGGCUCUGAAGGAGAACGCCUGGCUUCAGGGAGGCGGCGUCAUGUCUUCGACCCCGCUCUGCACCCCUGAUGUUCUGGAGUCCACCGGUCCCACCGUCCGCACCUAUGUCAAUGCCACCUACAAGGCUUUUAACCGGGGGAAGCGUGAGGGUUUUUUCCUCAAAAGUGUCGACAACGCGCCACUAGCAAAACGCCGCAAGAUGAAAAUGACCAGUACUGGCGUAGAGACCAGACGUAGCUCAUCUUCCUCCUCUUCCUCCUCGUCCUCAUCCGCUUCCCAUUCCAAGACGCAGAAUUGCCAAUCUCUGAAUCCACACGAGGACCCCAAACUGUGACUCCCGCCUGACUGAAAAGCUGCUUUGAUGCGGUGAGAGAAUGUAUCCCAAAAGCAUUUGCAGGACCUGUAAAAACAAAGACUGAGCAAAACAACCUUGAUACGACAACAAAUUUAUUGAAGUCUCCAAGAUGAAAGCCCUGAUCAACAGUCCGUCUUUUGGAUUUCCAAAUCAUUUUGGAGGAUUUUUAAUCAUGGUGGCUCUCUGUAAAUACUAUGCCAAGGAAAUGAUCUACAUUAUAAAAAAAAGUGUUUUCAUUUUUAUACAUAUAUAUACACACACAAAUAUAUAUAUCAUUUUAGACUGUAGAGAUUUUAAUGAAUGUAAAAAUGCUAUAUUAUGUGGUGGGCAUCCACAUGCUUUUAGAGAGGUCUUGAACUGCAGAAACACGUGUAACUAAGAUCAGGGAAAGCAGGGAAAUGAGGGACUUGUGGGCAAAAAAGCCGCAAGAGAGCAAAGCCAUAUGUGAGAAUUAAGAGUGGACGUCUAUUUUAAAGAUCCACCGAGCAAAGCUUUAUGUGAAUCGUGUACAGGCUAUUUGCAUAUCACUACUUUCAGAACUUUUCUCGAUGUUUGCAUGGCUGUAGAAUAUUAAACCUUUACGAUUUUCAGAGUUGAGCUGUUAAGUCAGACCUCACAGUCACCGAAUCGGCGGUUACAAUUCAAGACUUGAGGAUAUCGACACCUUUGGGUGAAUCUCAUAAGGAAAUGUCAGGGGUAUUUCUCCUCAAAAUAAAAAAGCAAACAAAAACAUAGCACAAACUCUCUUUUGACAUUUAAAACUACUCUGUCUGCCUUUACUUAAGACACCCAGUGAAACAUUAGCACUGAAAAGGCAUAGACGAUGCUAUUUUUUUACUUACUGUGACUCUGACUCUGAAGAAUUCAUGCAAGUUGAUUUACUAAAGUUGUAGGGAUUUUUCAGGAGUGAGCAGUGGUCAGUUUGGUUUUUAGACCAUUUUUAAAACCCCAAAAAGCUUGUCUUAACCCAAUUGUGUCCUUAGUAGUUUACUGAGCCCUGAUCAUCAUCAUCACAAUUAGCUGUUUUUUGAGACCUAAUGAAUGCUGCUUCAUGCGCUGUGUUGGAUUUUACGUAAGUAAGCUUCUACAUCUUUGCUCUUUUUGCAAAUUGUUAGAAUUGUUGAGAACUUGCAGAUCUUUUCUUUAGAUUUUGAUAGGAUUACGCUUCUGUGCUAAUUUACGGUUUAGCAUUCUUGUUCCACUUGUACUUAGAAUUGUAUAUUAAUAAAAAAAAGAUAAAUGAUAUUUGCAUAUGAAAAAAGCCAAAUUUAUUGGCUUUUAACGGGUUAGUUUACAGAAAACUGUUAUUAACUACUUAUCUUUGUUCACCUUCGAAACACAAAUUAAGAUAUUUUAGAUGAAAUCCUGGAGCUCUCUUAUCCUACAUAGACAGCAAGAUGUCCAGAGAUGUUUAAAGUCUAGAAAUGAACCAAAAACAUUGUCAAAAUAUUUCAUGUUGUUCAACUGUAAUCAUACGAAGCUCCAAGAAAACCUUUGACUAUGUUUACCUGUAUCUUGUCUAUAAUUGUCGUAUUGGCCAUAGUAAAUGCGAACCCUAAUCUGAUGUAAACAAUAUAGACCAUUUUGAGGCAUGUAAACAAUAUCAACAGUCCUAAUGUAUUUCCUGUUUUCUGUUUUUAAUUUCUGUAGCUUUUGAGAAUUCAAAAACGUAAACCUAUUGAUAAAUAUUGUCAUGAUAGCUGUUUUAAUGUUAAAUUAUGAUUGCAUUACCUCUUAUUACAGUUAUUAUAGUUUGACAACAAGCAGGAAAUGUUCAUGGGUCAAUGACAUCCUCACAGUGAAAUGGUCUAUAGGCAAAAAAGGUAUUUUUGCCACAAAAGUGUUCUUUGAGCUUCGGAUGAUUACAAUUGAACCACUAAAGUCACAUUGAACGUUUUGAAAAAAAUUUUUUUGUGACUUUAAACAUCUCAGGUCCCUCGCUGUCUAUGGAGACUAAGAGAGCUCCAGGAUUUCAUCUAAAAUAUCUUAAUUUGUGUUCCUGAAGAUGAUAGUAAAGAUGAUAGGCCAUAGUAAAUGCGAACUCUAAUCUGAUGCAAACGAUAUAGGACAAAAAGUAUGUUUACAGGUUUUUUUUUUUUUCGCCACAAAAGUGUUUUAGAGCUUCGCAUGAUUGCAGUUCAACCACUGAAGUCCCAUUGAAUGUUUUGAAAACAUUUUUGGCUCCUUUUUUUUGGGACUUUAAACAUCUCAGGUCCCACGCUGUCUAUGGAAGCUGAGAAAGCUCCAGGAUUUCAUCUAAAAUGUCUUAAUUUGUCUUCCUGAAGAUGAUAGUAAAGACGAUAGGCCAUCAUAUAUGGGAACUGUAAUCUGAUUUGAACGAUAUAGAACAAAAAAGUCAUUUUUACAGGGUUUUUUUUUUAUACAAAAGUGUUUUAGAGCUUCGUAUGAUUACAAUUGAGCCACUGAAGUCCCAUUGAAUGUUUUGAAAACAUUUUUGGCUCUUUUUUUGGAAAUUUAUCAUCUCAGGACCCUCGCUGUCUAUGGAGGCUGAGAGAGCUCCAGGAUUUCAUCUAAAAUAUCUUAGUUUGUCUUCCUGAAGAUGAUAGUAAAGUUGAUAGGCCAUAGUAAAUGCGAACUCUAAUCUGAUGUAAACGAUAUUGGACAAAAAUAAUUUCUUCCAGGGUUUUUUUCCAGGUUCUUAGAGCUUUGUGUGAUUGCAGUUAAACCACUGAAGUCACACUGAAUGUUUCGAAAACAUUUUUGGCUCCUUUUUUUUGGACUUCUCAGGUCCAACGCUGUCUAUGGAGACAGAGAGCUCCUGGAUUUCAUCUAAAAUAUCUUAAUUUGUGUUCCUGAAGAUGAUCGUAAAGAUGAUAGGCCAUAGUAAAUGCGAACUCUAAUCUGAUGUAAACGAUAUUGGACAAAAAUAAUUUCUUCCAGGGUUUUUUUUUUUUUAGCUACAAAAGGGUUCUUAGAGCUUUGUGUGAUUGCAGUUAAACCACUGAAGUUACACUGAAUGUUUUGAAAACAUUUUUGGCUCCUUUUUUUGGACAUCUCAGGACCCUCGCUGUCUAUGGAGACUGAGAGAGCUCCAGGAUUUCAUCUAAAAUAUCUUAAUUUAUGUUCCUGAAGAUGAAGUAAGAUCUCGGGAGAUUGAAACGUGAACACGACGGAGAGUAAUAACAUCAGAAUUAAAAUUGAGUGAACUAACCCUUUAACGACAUUGCAAAUCCACAAAAUGAAUUCUCUUUUGAGGCUUUUGAAGAGAAAUAUACCCAAGACAUUCCUUCACAGUUUUCUGUGAGAUUCACCAAUGUUUUUCUGCCUUUGUGUUUUUAUUGCUUGAAUUGUGGAGAUCACGUUAUAUAUACAAUCGCUAGUUUACUUGACUGAGAUUUUGGAUCACCACAUGAGCCGAUUAACUAAGCCUGGUUUGCCGUUAUUUUUUCUCAGACUUUUAUCGGUGUACUUGAAACCCGACAUCCACUGCCUGUUCAACUCGACUGUAAGGGCUGAGCAUCACCAGACAGCAAUCAAUCCCUCACAUUCAAAGGGCUUUUGCUAAUCAUGCCUCCAAAACGCUGUAAUCGAGUGUCCCUCUUGCACUGUGAGAGAGGAUGGCAGUGGCAUCCCUUCCUAUUUUGCUCUUUUUGUUUUAUAUGAACAUCUUCACAGCCAUUAGUCUUGCAAUAUUUCGAUGUUUUAGUGUCGAGUCUUUCUGCUGUACGUGCUGUGUUAAAAUCGACCAAGCAACAUUUAGCAUUCAGACUGGGCGGUGGAGUUGACGGUUUUAUUAAGACGCAAGCAGGUGUCGAGGUCCCAGUAAAACACCUCCGGCUAUGUUAUAUAAACUUCGCUUUUACUUUUUAAGAGGUGUGACGCUGGGAGGUAUGAACAAUUUAAUGGUCAGACUGAUUUUUUUUUUAUUGUUGGAAUAUUAUAAUCGUUUGUUUGUGCCAAAAUAAUCACUUAAUGGAGGAUAUUAUUGUCUGUAAUACAGGUUUGCACAUGAGAUGCACUAGUUUUUGGUUUUUUAAAUGCCUUUGUCGUUCACAAGCGAUGCUCCGAUCUGCUUUUCAUCGAUGAAAUGGUUUCAGAACAAAAUCUGAACCUCUGAGGGGGUAUUGGAUAUUUUUGGAUGUGAUUAGCAGUUACGUCAUACGGCUUUUUAAGGGAUGAUGUAACAUUGAAUACACUGAUUUUACACUAUCAUUUUUAGGCAAUUUUAUUUUGUCGCACAAAAUUUGUCAUGUCAAUGUGUUUUGGGCUUUAAAAACAGUAAUUUUUUUUAUUUAUUUCUUUAUACUUGCUCUUUGUAUCUUUAUUUACAGUGUUACGGCUUUCUGAUUAACGUAGCUUAGUUUCGUUUGUCUCUCUAUUGACUUUCGUCAGAUAGAACAAGUCGUCCGCUCUUAUAUGAUCGUGUGCACUGUGGAAGUUCUACAAAAUGUACGUUAUUUGAUUACCGAAUUUUAAUAGAUAUUAUUUGAAUUUUACCGUUCAAGGGUGAGCUUGCUGUGUCUGAGUAUGUUUUUGUUCAGUUUCUGAUUUGCAUGUUUUGUUUUGUUUUUUUUCCCCCAAUCCUUCUUGAUAAAUGUCGUUCUGUCGAAAAAAAAAAAAAAAGUUUUGUAAUUAAAAACAGCAUCAUAGAGCGGAAACGAAAUACACUGUUAAACAAAUGAAUGAGGUGCAUUGUUGUGCGUUAAGAACAUUUGCUGAAUCCAAAGCAUAAAAUAUAAAUGUCUGUUCCACUC